ACCUGCCAUAUGCAGGUAUCUCAUUGUUUUGUCUUUAUUGGGUGGCAGAAUUAGGUUCUGUAUUUGUGCUGCUCUUCUGCUAGUGAUCUUUUCUACAGCUGUCUGAAAAGAGGACUUUACGUGCUUUUGGUGGGGAUUCUUAAAAACUAGAAUGACAUCAUGGGGAAAUCUGUGGAGAUGGUGCCCUGGCCUGUGGGAACAGAACAGCAGGAGUGUGGACAAAGAAAUGCAAAGUAACAGUAGUGCACAGUAACUGUUAAUUAACAGUAACUGUUAAUUAACAUUUGCAACCUCUGCCCUCCCCAGGCUGGGUACCCCAUUCCUGCAGUUCCCACCUGUGGAACGGAGUUGGUGCCAGCUAUCCUCAACCUUCCUUACAGCUGGCAAAGCUAUGGCACAGCUCCAGAACUGCUCUGUGUGAAGUUCUGAUGGAUUUGGUUUAAAAUGACUGCUUGAAAUGGUCCUUGCUUGGUUGUAACAUCAGAUUAGGACUUCUGGUGUCUGCAAGGCUUGACCCUGCAUGCCAAAGCAGGAUUUAAUGGUAAAAAAAUCAAAUAACUAAAGCCAGUGAGCUGGUUCUUAGGUGUCAGACCAAAAGCCUAUAAACACUGUCACUUAUUGUAUGCUCGCUGCCAAAGUUCAUGCAAAUUACCUUCUAAUACCUGUGAUGGAGUCCUAGUUAAUCAACUUCUAGCCUAGUGUUUGGCAAUUAAAUUUAGAGGGCUUUUAGGGUGAGGUUGAUGUGCAUUCCAUUUAUAAAGUAGUUCAUCUCAGCCAAUGGUACUGCUGCUUUUGAGUAGCUAUGACAGCUAUAAAUGGACAGUUUGUUCCAAAGUACAGAGGAGUUUGGGAACUGUCUCACUGGCUACUGGCACUGCUAUUUGCCAGUACGUGCUGCUGGGUGUAUCUCCAUCCACCACUGGCCCCAGCCAUGGAGCCAGCUCUAUCCAGUGACCAGUGCACCCUCCAGCCACGAGCGGCCAGUGUCUCCAGCAGAAUGUGUGGGCAAUGGUGUCCAAGGCUUUACUGCAGUCCAGCUGGACAGACACCAGCUCUACAGCCUUUCCCUCGUCCAGGUGGGUCACCUUGUUGGAGAAGGACAUCGAGCUGGCCAAGCAGGGCCUUCCUUCCAUAAACCCACACUGACUGGGUCUGAUGCCCCGCUUAUUGCACAAGUGUCACUUGGUGCUGGAGAUGAUCUGCACUAUGACCUUCCUCAGCACCAAAGUCAGGCCUGUAAUUCCCUGGAUUCUCUUCCUGGGCCUUCUUGUAGCCCUCUUCCAGCUGCCUGACAACUACUUUGUAUACCUGCCUCAGAACAAAAAUUUACACACACUUUUUUCACUCUUACUCUUCCCCUUUCCUACCAAAAAAAAAAAAAUCAGUGUUGUAUGUUGUUCAAAAGGCAUAAAGUGAAAUUUACCAUAACCUGCUUCUGCUCAUCCAGCCCCAGAGUUGGCUUUUAAGGUGACAGAGCAUUUCCCAGUAUUGGGCUUUGUUUGCACUUAUUCUCUGUGCUUGGAUGCUUUGGGCUGUGGUUUCUCCGUGUCAACAAUGUGGUAGUUCAAGACCUCAACUUCCUACUGCAGACACUGUAUGUUUUUGUAGGUGCAACUUUGUCAUCUUAGCAACAGGAACUGCAAGAAAUGACAGAGAUGAAGUGAGCUGAGAGGCUGUGCUGCUUUAGGGACCUUUGCCUCUGAUAGAUGGUUGAUGAAGAUGCACUGUAAAAAGUGAGCUCAUGUAAUAGGCACUGAUAAAAUGUUAAUUAAACCACAGGUACAACUGGCACAGCUGAUUUCCAAAGGGACCUCUGGUUUUGGAAUUGGAAUCUGAAGUUUUAGUGGUAGGUUUGAAUUUAUCUAAGUCAUUUGUCAGUCAAGUCGGGGGGUAUCUACCUAGUUGAAUCAUUCUUGGAUAUGAAAUAGGAUGCAGACUUUACCAUAGGGUCCGUUUUCUUCUAAAAUAUUUUAAAUACUGAUAACUUCAGGACACAAUGCUUAAAAAACUACUGGUUAUUAAUUUCUGAGACAUUCAUAGUUUUUGUGCAUUGCAGAAUGAAAAACCCAGAUCUGCUUCGUAGCCAUUUCCACUGGAAACUACCAGAAGACAAAAUCCCUCAGGAGAGUAGAUAGCCCUAAGAUUAGAGCUGCUGCUUUUCUGUGCUGGGGAAAUAAUUUCUGGAGAUUGUAGCUUCAAUUACAUCUUGCUGCUAGCAGGGCCAGCAUGCCAGGGCAGUCAGCAGCUCCAUGGGACUCUGGUCUCAGGAGAAUGGAAGAGUGACUCCAGAGGAAAUGAGUCUUUAUCUGCUUUUUCUCCUCUGAUACAACUUGCAGGAGCUGCCCUUUGCAGUCUGUGUCUGAUCAACAUCUCUGACAAUAUCAGAACUGUGGAUGAAAUAUGAGCUGCAAAACUCUGUUGACCUUAGGGAUCUUCGGCUGAUGGGUGGAACACUGGGAAGCUCAGGUUUGGUCUAUAAUCUAAUCUGUGGUCAUCUUGAUAGCUAAAAUUUGAUUACUGCAAAAUGCAUUUUCUAUAAAGAAAAUUGUCAGAAGAUGCUGUACAUUUUUCAAGGCAGCUUUCUAACAUGCAUUGUUGAAAAUCAUUUCAGCUGAAAAUCAGGAUGUAUUCAUCAGGGUAUUGUUUUCUGUACCUGAAAACUGUAAAAUAUUUGAGUGAAACUGUAAAAGCAGUCAGAGAAUCUCAUCAUUUUAAUUGCAGAGUUUCUGCUUCUAGCAGGAAAUGUACAGCGUGUGACAAUUCAGCUUUGUAAGGAGAUCAAUAGAACAGAUUAGUUCAGUUUUUACCGAGGUUGCAAAUACUAGAGAGAUAGUGGGAUCAUGGUUUGUAAACCUUAAACCACACUUUCCUGCACAACAGUCUGCAAAUAUAUUCUCCUCUGUAAAGCAGAUAUGUGAUUUUCAGCUGCAAGGAACUUCUUUUUUCACAGGAACUACAUGAAUGUUGUUUACUUGAUCGUGCAUCCCAUGUUGCCCUCUGGUUUGUGCUUGAGUGAUCAACUGUUUUGUGAAGCAGGGCUUGUCAUGAGCCAUUGUGUGACUCUUCAUGUGUUUGGGGCCAGACUUCAGCCAGAAAUGGAGACCCCAGAUCUGUUAAGGAAUUGUGUGGUGUGCAAAUGCGAGCUGUGGAGAAGGGAACCCAGAAUGCUCCCCUGCCUCCAUUCCUUCUGCAAGGACUGCCUUCCAGAUUUGGUUCAAGGAUAUUGCUGUAUUCCCACUGAGUAUGAAGUUCUCUAUGAAGGUAUCCUUUCCUGCCCUGUGUGCAAACAGACCUGCUUUGCAAGAGAUGUAGUUGAGAAUUUCCUCCUCAAGGACUUUCCCAUUGGUGAUUCAGCUAUGGCAAAGAGCUGCUCCACGUGCAAAGAGAAGAGACCUGCCCACAGUCUUUGUACAAGAUGCAAUAAGUGGCUGUGCAGCUCGUGUACAGAGGAACACAGACAUGGCCAGGAACCUGGGGAGCGCUUCCUGCCUGUGUCCCUGAAAGGCUGCACAGCAGCAGAAGAUGAAGCAAGGGAAUUCUCCUUGUUCUGUCCCGUGCACCCUCAGGAGCCACUGAAGGUGUUUUGUGAGACCUGUGACACUCUCACCUGCUGCAGCUGCCUCCUGUCAGAGCACAGGGAACACAGGUUCAGGCAUCUUGAUGAAGCUCUGCAAAAUCAGAGAAUUAUCCUGGAGAAUGUCAUAAGUAAGGUGGAGGAGAAAAAAAAUGGGAUUCAGGUUUCAGCCAAACAGAUUGAAGACAGGUUGCAUGAAGUAAAACAUCUGUACAAAAAGGUGGAAAACCAAAUAAAAAUGGCCAAGAUGGUUCUGAUGAAUGAAAUUGAUAAACGAACAAAUAUCCUCCUUGAACAACUGGAAAAAAUCACCAGCGAGAGGAAGCAGAGGCUGGAGCAGCAACUGCAAGGUGUUGUGGUUUUAGGCAGACAGGUAGAACACGUCCAGAACUUCAUCAGCUGGGCUGUGUGUAGCAAAAAGACCAUCCCAUUUCUCUUCAGUAAGGAACUGAUUGUGUUCCAGAUCCAACGCUUGCUAGAGGCACGUUGUAACACAGACACAGGCCCUCCUCUGAAAAUCAGAUUCACUUGGGAUCCCUCCUACUGGACUAAGCAACUCUCCAAUUUGGGGGGUUUCACAAUGGAAGGUGGUCACCUUUCUCACCCAGAUGUGCUACUCUGUGGAAAUAUUCAGGGGUUACAACCCUCUCUGUACCGUGGGCACCACUCCCCAGCCUCACAGCUGGAGAGCAGCCAGCCACACCAGUUCCCACCUGCAAUCCAGUGUUCUGCACCCGUGUGCUGCUCCCAGUGCCUCAGCAUCCCUCACCCAAACAAAGUCCAGCCUUCUUACCAAGACAUGAACCACCAUAAGAGCUUCCACCAGCCUCCUGCACUUCAUCAGCAGCACUUCCCUCUGCAGUACAGCCUGCAGCACCAGGACAGAGAGCCACAGGGAGCUUCCCAGCCUGUGAAGAUCCUGCAGGCUGGGCUGGAGCAGCAGCCACGCUCAGAGCCCGAGAAGGUGUCUGGGAGGGUGGGAAAGCCCUUCCCACCCCAGCAGCUGCAGCAGGGCUGUGCUAGUGUGUCCCAGGAGACUCAGCAGGUUCACACAAGCCCCCCACAGGCUUCUCUGCAGACAUCAGCUGUGGGAGUGCAGCUGGGGCAUCUCCAGAAGAUAAAAUCUGACCAGAUGCUGCAGCCACCCCCGCAGCAGCAGCAGCUGCCCCUGACAUCCCCGCCGCCCGGGCACGAAGAGAGCACCCAUGAGCAAGUCAUCCAGCAGAGCCUGGACAUCAUGCACCACCAGCUUGAGCUGGAGGAGAUGAAAAAGGAUCUGGAGCUUCUCCUGCAGGCCCAGGGACAGUCCAGCUUGCAGCUGAACCAAGCCAAGCCACCUCAGCAUGUUCAACAAACUAUAGUUGGUCAGAUCAACUACAUAGUGAGGCAGCCAGCCCCAGCUCAGCAACAAGUCCAAGAUGAAGCACAAGUCUGUGAGAGCUCCACAGAAGCUGAUGCCCAGAAGCCUGUAAUUUCUCUGGACAAAAGUGACAGUCCCUCCCUGUCACAAUCAUUGCAUGAAGAAACCAAUGUCAGGAGCCACUCCCCUGAGAGCACACUGCAGCAACCAACUUUCCAUCAUGAGAGAAAGCAUCCAGCAUCCUUAAGCUUUGUGAGCUUUCCAAACAGUACAGAAAUGGAGUUAUCUCCAACAAGGUUAUCCAACUCAUCUGACCCACAGGGGAAAGGUGCAGCUGCUGUGACACUUGGCCCGUCCCCAGAUGCCCUCUGUGACUCUGACACUGCACCAGGGCCCCUGCCCAGAUACAGCCUGGCCCUGGGCAGGGCUCCCAGUGACCCGAGCACGGGGGUUCCUGCUGGCCCUACACCAGGUGAUGCAUUUCAGGGAGACACCAAAUGCAAGCUAGAAAAUGAAGACCUCAGUCCUGUGGAUUGUAUUCUAGAAAACAGCUUGGCUACUGCUGGGCAAGAGGUAGUUAAUGAAUUAACUCUUUCUAUGCAAAAAGUGAUGGAAGAACCGAUUAAUCUUUCAAUCAAAAAGUCUCAGCAUUGCACUUCUCCUUCUGAACCGCUCAGCAACACUUCUUUCCUGCCUGUGAAUGCCAGAAUGAGACAACCUAGAAGCAAAGAAGAUUCCAAUAACUAUGAAAAAGAACAUUUUGAAAUGGAUAUGAAAAGCAAUCAGAAUGUCAGAGCUGCCCCUAAGGAGCAGAAGAUCCCCUAUGUGCGCCUGGAACGUCUGAAAAUAUCUGCCUUGGAGGUGGGGGAGCUCCCGGUCUUUAAGCUCCAGCCACAGGACAAGGAGCAGGAGGGCAAUUUCCUCCUGGUAAUUGAGUGUGGGACACGGUCCUCAAGCAUGUCUAUAAAAAUAAAUAAAGAUAGUCCAGCUGAAGGACAGAAGUCCAAAGAGAAGAACUCAGAGGACAGGAGGUGUCUCCUCUCCCAGGCUGCAGGACAGACACAAUCUCCAUCUGUUGAGCAGAAGCUCAGCAACGGCAUCUCCAGCAUGAAAAAAUCCCCAGUUACUCAGGAAGUCAGUCCAAUUGAAAAUGAGGAUUUCUGUGCUGUGUGUCUUAAUGGAGGAGAGCUGUUGUGCUGUGAUCACUGCCCCAAGGUCUUCCAUCUCUCCUGCCAUGUUCCAGCCCUGCUCAGCUUUCCAGUGGGAGAAUGGGUAUGCUCGCUGUGCCGUAAUCCAGUGAAGCCAGAGGUGGAAUAUGACUGUGAAAAUACACGCUACAGCCACAGCUACAAUGCACAAUGUGGCCUUGGUGACUGUGACCAGAAGAAGUGUGAAAAGCUGGUGCUUUCCCUGUUCUGCAGCAGUAUGAGCCUCCCGUUCCAUGAACCUGUCAGUCCCCUGGCUCAGCAUUAUUAUCAGAUCAUCAAAAGGCCAAUGGAUUUGUCCACCAUACGAAAGAAGCUACAAAAAAAGGACAAGUCCCACUAUUCUGCACCUGAAGAACUUGUGACUGACGUGCGUCUCAUGUUUUGGAACUGUGCAAAGUUCAAUUAUCCAGAUUCUGAGGUUGCUGAGGCUGGACGAUGCCUGGAUGAGUUCUUUGAGGACAAACUGAAAGAGAUUUAUCCAGACAGGCAUUUCCCUUCAAUGCAACAGGAUGACUCUGAUUCUGAGGACGUGGAGAGCCAGAAGAGCCAAGUGCCAUCCCAGGAUUUCCAGUGGCCGUCGUAUGGGCAGGAGUGUGUUCAGCCCAAAAGGAAACGGCGCCACGCUGUAAGAUUGCAAAAGCAAAAGCAUUUGGUUGCUAAGUGGCCUCCCUGCUAACUCUGGUUACAGCUACUGAUGGGAAGUUUUGGCAGGGCUGUCUGGCAACACUGUCAAGCUUCUAUCACAGACGUGUGAUCAGUUCUACAAUUUUAUGUCACGGUCCCUGGAGUGGAAUAAAGUGUCGCAUGUGUAUAAAUACGCGAGCAGGAGCAAAUGAAGCCUCUCAGGCUGCACAGUUAUCUUCUUAGCAGAAAACUCUGUUAAGGUUUGUAAAAAGACUAAGCCCUUUAGCUAUUCAUUGUUUGUUUCCUUUGUACACAGGAAAGUGAAAAAACUAAAAGAAUGAUGUUUCAGCCAGCUAACAGCCUUCCUCAGGUAUGACCUCCUCAAGACAUGAAAUUUGAGGAAUCCAGCAGCUUGACUGGUAGAGUUAAGGUGUGUGGGAGGAAAGCAAAGUGCUCAGGCUGUCUGCUUAAACUAUUCUGCUGACCAUAUGCCUUAUUUCUAGAUCUUGUGGAUAGACAACAGAUCCAAAAUGUUGAAAUCUGUCAAUAUUCCAUCUGUUAAAUCAUGUAUGUGUUUUGCGGUGUUUACACUGAAGUACUAAUAUCUUGGUCAUAGGCAAUGAUAAAUAAUAAUAAAAAUAACAUACUAAUAAUACCUCAUACUGCAGUACCAUUUCAUAAUCUGUUCAAUGUAACAUCUCUAUUUUAUAGAGCACAGGUAACCAUGUAAUAAUCUUGUAACCUCAGUGUAAAUGUUGGCCAUGCAUUGUGACAAAUACAACAUGUAGCCAUUAAAUCUGUAAUCCUGUUGUCUUAUUCAAUGAUUUCUCUGGGAGCUUGGCUGCUCCAAAGCCUGUGAGUUAGUGUGAUUAUCUGAUUAACUGUUUCAUUUGAAGCACAACAUUUUCAUGAAAUCAGGAAAGAACAAGUGCUACUAGUACUAAUACAAGGGCUGUGUGAGAGCUGCUUCUCAGUGCAGGGUUGGAGCUCUGCUUGCAAGGCAUCAUUCUUCUGGAAUCUACAUCAUGCUUGAUAAAGCAGUGUGGGAUUUCAUAGCUCUCAAAAGCAGCAUUUUUAUACAACCCAAUGCAGUUGUUUUUCUAUAAAACAGAUAUUGGAAUUCAGCAAAUUAACUAUGGCGUGAAUUACAUGGUUAUAGAAGUGCCUAUAAAAUAAUGUCAUUUAUUUCUGAUUUUCUUUUUGCUUAUUAUCUGUAGUUGUGAUUACCAGCAGUACUAGAAGAUGAUGAUAGUGCCAUAUAUGUAAAAGCUUAACCAGGCUAAGAUUUUUUUUUUUUUGCUAAAUUUCACAAUCUAUAGACAGAACACAACCAAGAGCAGAUUUAGAGUUCACUUGAACAAAAGUUGCGUGUCACUGUAAAGUCUGAAGGGUGGGAUGGGUAACAGGACAUCACACCUGAGCAAAGAGUGAUAGUUUGCAAGCUGCUUCCCACUCCUUCCAGCAGCUGGUGAGCCACAUCUCUGCAUGGCCAGUGUUUUCUUCAGGUAAGUGAGGGGCAUCUUGCUCCUUAGAGCUCUGCCCAGCAGAAUAAUCUGGGCUGGGGCCCAGCUCUGAGAUAGGUGGUUGUUGCAGACCUCAAACACGAUUAAAGUUCAUUUUAAUUAGCUUCCUGUAAAUCAAGAAGAUAUUUUCAGCAUAGUUUAUAUGGCCUAUUUUGUCUGGUAACCAACCAUGUAUGUUAUUUUAGAUAACACUUUACUUUAAAGGUUUAUAUACAAAAUAAUGAUAAGAUAUGAAUGUUGUAUUCUACUAUCUGUGUGACUUACUGUUUGCCCUUAACUUGGUAGUGUGCUAAUAUUUUCUUUUCUUUGAAGAAAUGAAAAUCUGGAUAUUAGAAACUGACAGUCAAACUGUGACUUGAAGGGACAGCCUUUACAUUUUCUAAAUGUGAAUUCAUCUAUGUUUGCUUUCUGUCAAAUUUCUCAAAGCAGUUAGAGUCUUGACAUAGAGCAAUGAGUGCAGGUUUGUCACAGAAUUAACCACCCUUAUCUGUGCUACAGGUAUCACUUUUUCUCAAUUCCUUCACCAAAGACCUAUCUUUUACAAUUAAUAAUGCAAAAAGGGUAUGCUUUUUAGAUUUCAUCUUGGGGCAGUGGUAGGAAUAUGAGAGAUUAUUGAUGGCUUCCUCUUUUUCUGGAAGAGCAGAGUCAAGAAGAGCCUCCUUCUGUUUCUUAAAAGCUGUAAGGUUAUUAACUGUACCAUUAGUUUUGGAGAACACCUGUUUAAAUAAAAUUUGUCCAGGGUAUAUUAUGCUUUUAUUAAAAACAGAAGUCUUCCAGUUUGUUGUUGUAAAUAAAACACUCUGUGUGCUGGCAGAACUGAAUGACCUGAGAACUCUUAAGGCUAACUUAGAUCCUGAUUAAUACUCCAAGACUAGUAACUAUUGAAAAAAACCCUCAUAAACUUCAUGUCAUGUUGGUAAGCAGAACAAAAACUGAAGUCCUACAAAUGACUUCAUAUAUUUCAUACAUGAAUCCAUGGGUCAGCAAAUUCACAAUACAGAGCAGGUUAUAAAAACAAUAUAUAUUUCCUACGUGUAAUGGGUUACACAUAUAAAGGGAAAAUCCUUUCUGUAUUUAAACAAUUGGAAAAGAGAUUAAUUGCAGUUUCAUAAUAGGUCUGUCAAAGAAGAAAUGACAGCUAAGAUUUGACUUUCAUUCCCUCCCCAGACAAUUUCAAAGAUCUGCUGGUUUCAGUAUCAUGACAGAAGAAUGGCAUCACAGUUAACACAAACAGGUGUUUGACCAUACAGAUUAACCAGUAACUGCAUGUUUAUAUGUGUAAUGUGCAUUGCUGAACAAUAAAACGUGUGAAAUGUCUUUUUGCACAUUAAUCUGAAAUUUUUGCUCUCAGUACAUCUGCUUUCAAUUCAUGUAUGGAUUGUAUAAUAUAAUUUAACAAUCAUUAGCUAAGUUGCUCAUACUUCUGGUAGCAAAACAGAGCAGUUAUGAAAGCAGCUAUCUAACACAGGAGACAGCUUGCUGUUUGUGAUAAUAUUUUUAAUACCAAGUAGAUGUUCUGCCUUUUUGUUUUUCCAUUGCUCUAAGUUAUUGAGGAGCAAACAUGACAAGAACAAGUAGCAAAAAAUGUUUGUUGUUUAAAAGUCUGUACACAUAAAGUGCCAAGAAAUAUGCUACUUAUUGAUGAGAGGAAAAACAUAUUGUAAUAUAUUAAUCUGGAGGAAUCAGAAGAGAUAUUCUAUUCUGUUAUUUCUAAAACUGGAAUUGCCAAAAAUUGGAAUAAUUUACAAAAAAAAAAAAAAAGAAAAAAAGAAAAAAAGAAAAAAGAACGAAAAUCCUCUAUUGGCAAGAAUUCAAGUAGACACUGCAAGUGUUUUUAUAUUAUUAUUGAUUCCUCUUUGUUUGGUUCAUGGGAAAAUAAAACUAUUGGCAUCAACUUUCUGAUCUGGAGGCCUUUUGGUUUGAGAGGUAAGGAAUCCUUCUCUGAGUUACAGCUGUGCUGAUCUUCUGACAUAAUUAGGAGAUAAUUUAUAGUUAGAGGUAACUCUUUUAUUGCAUAAAUAGGAAAAUGUAGAAAAUCUUCUGCGCACACAAUUCCUUCAAGUGUUAAAUACAGGCAAUAAUCUCUAUUAUAGACAAAAAAUCUAAAUACUAGCUGAGUUUCUCUGAUUUUAUUGAGCUAUCAAAUGAGAUAGUCUGGGGGAAAUAAAGAUAGGCUGUAGUGAUAGGCUGAGGACGAUGCACAUCUUUUGAAGCUGUAUUUGUAGACCAGGAGCAAGAAGUAAGAGGAGAAGUUUUUUAGAGAAAUGUUACCCCACUGUCUGUUCCUGUCUGUUAGUAAAUGUUUAUGGAAGUAUGUUUUAGUGUGUAGUUAUAUGUAUCCUCAAGAGAGCAUUUGGUAGACUGGUAGCAUGUAGACUGAGGAGACUUUUGUAGAAGCUUCUAUUAGGAGAUGUAAAAGUAGGAAGACAGUAUUCCUUUUUUAGGAAAAAUGUUUGCUAUGGUGGGAAUACUACUGUGGAGAUGAGAAAUUGCAAUGUGCAAGUUUGUUGUCACAUAUCUAGGUCCUGUUGCUCCCUUUUCAUUCCAAGUGUCUGAAAAAGAGGUUCUUGAAAGAUAAUUUUCAGAUAAUUUCUUCCUGUUUAGGGUGGAAUUUGUAAUAGACGCUCUGUAAAUUUUCAAAUCAGACCUAAUGUUUGGAUUGUACCUUUAAAAUUGUGAGAUUUUUACAUGGCAGAAUGAGCUUGUUGCCAAGUCUUGUGCUGAACACCCACACCAGGAUGUGCAUUUCUCCUGGCUGAAUGAACAAACACAGCACCCUAACAGGGCUUGAGAUGUUGAACUCUGCUCUUAGAAACCCUGGGAACUUAAUCUA